AUGUAUGCCCAGAGGUUAAGUGAAGCAGGAUGGAAGGUCAAUGCAUGCGACAGGGAUGAUCUUUAUGAAUCUCUGCGGGAGGAAUAUGCAGAUAAUGAGAGAAUAAAUAUUGUUCCUAAUGGUCACUUUGUAUCCCGUGCAAGUGAUUAUAUUCUCUACAGCGUUGAAGCCGCUUCAAUAGAGAAAGUCGUUUCUACCUACGGACCUUCUACAAAACUUGGUGCCAUUGUUGGCGGCCAAACUUCGUGCAAAGCUCCUGAAAUUGCUGCCUUUGAAAAAUACCUCCCCGAGGAUGUGGAGAUUGUCAGUUGUCAUUCUCUACAUGGCCCAAAAGUUGACCCAGAGGGUCAACCACUCACCGAUCGUCCCAGGAAAGCCUUGCAAAAAUUGAGAAGUUACUAUCAUGCUUCCGAUCAAUUCCUGUUCAUCUUUCGGCUUCGGAGCAUGAUCAUAUAA